AUGAUACCCUGUGGCCCUGUUCUGUCAUUUGUUCGGUGUUUGUUGCGAAGAAAAAUUGUCACUGUGGACAGUCUUGAAGAUUCCAAGUUAUGCCGAUGUUUAUCCACUCUGGACCUUAUAGCUCUGGGAGUGGGAAGCACUCUUGGUGCUGGUGUUUAUGUACUUGCUGGAGAAGUUGCAAAAGCAGAUUCUGGACCUAGUAUUGUUAUUUCUUUCCUCAUUGCUGCCUUGGCAUCUGUGAUGGCAGGUCUUUGCUAUGCUGAGUUUGGUGCUCGUGUUCCCAAGACUGGUUCUGCAUAUUUGUAUACUUAUGUAACUGUUGGUGAACUGUGGGCUUUUAUCACUGGCUGGAAUCUCAUUUUAUCAUACGUUAUAGGUACAUCCAGUGUAGCAAGAGCGUGGAGUGGCACCUUUGAUGAACUCCUUGGAAAACAAAUUGGUCAGUUUUUCAGAACCUACUUCAGAAUGGAUUUUUCUGGUCUAGCAGAGUAUCCAGACUUCUUUGCAGUAUUUUUGAUAUUGCUUCUGGCAGGUCUUCUGUCUUUUGGAGUAAAAGAAUCCGCAUGGGUGAAUAAGAUCUUCACUGCUGUUAACAUCUUGGUUCUCCUCUUUGUUAUGAUUUCUGGCUUUGUGAAAGGAGAUACUGACAACUGGAAAAUAAGUGAAGAAUCUCUCAUAAACCUCACAGCACAAACAGGAAAUUAUUCUUCCUAUAAGAACGUGACAAGCAUAUUUGGGGCUGGUGGUUUUAUGCCAUAUGGUUUUACAGGAACAUUGGCUGGUGCUGCAACAUGUUUUUAUGCCUUUGUGGGAUUUGAUUGCAUUGCAACAACUGGGGAAGAAGUCAGGAAUCCUCAGAAAGCUAUACCUAUUGGAAUUGUGACUUCCCUGCUUGUCUGUUUUAUGGCCUAUUUUGGUGUUUCGGCAGCUUUGACUCUUAUGAUGCCAUACUAUCUUCUAGAUGAGAAAAGUCCUCUUCCUGUAGCAUUUGAAUAUGUUGGAUGGGGUCCUGCAAAGUAUAUUGUAGCAGUGGGAUCCCUCUGUGCUUUGUCCACAAGUCUUCUUGGAUCCAUUUUCCCAAUGCCACGUGUAAUCUAUGCUAUGGCGGAAGAUGGGUUGCUUUUCAAAUGUCUAGCUCAAAUCAAUUCCAAAACGAAGACUCCAGUUAUUGCUACUUUGUCAUCGGGUGCAGUAGCAGCUAUAAUGGCAUUUCUUUUUGACCUAAAGGCUCUGGUGGAUAUGAUGUCUAUUGGUACACUUCUUGCUUACUCACUUGUAGCAGCCUGUGUUCUCAUCCUCAGGUACCAACCCAAUUUAACCUAUGAGCAACCAAAAUAUUCUCCAGAGAAAGAGGCUCUGACAGGAUCAGAGAGGGAAUCUCAAAUUAGUAUGGUUCAAGGGCACCGCUUCAGUCUUCAGACAUUGAUGAAUCCAUCCAGUUUGCCUACAGAGCAGUCUGCCACUACCGUUAGCUUUUUGGUGGGUCUAUUAGCUUUUCUGGUGUGUGGGUUGAGUGUUCUGACCACAUAUGGGAUUCAUUUUAUUGCUAAUAUGGAGCCUUGGAGCAUUGGUCUUCUUGCUGUGUUGGUAGUACUCUUCAUAGUCAUAGUUCUCACCAUAUGGAGGCAGCCUCAGAGCCAGCAGAAAGUAGCCUUUAUGGUUCCAUUCUUGCCAUUUUUGCCAUCCUUCAGUAUCUUGGUGAAUAUUUACUUGAUGGUACAGUUAAGUGGAGAGACUUGGAUCAGAUUUAGCUUCUGGAUGGCUUUUGGCUUCUUUAUUUACUUUGCAUAUGGCAUCAGACAUAGUCUUGAAGGUCAUCCUAGAGAUGAGGAAGAUGAAGAUACUUGCUCAGAAAAUAGUGGAAUACAGGAAAAGAACCCUGUGGAAGAAGCAGAUGAACAUACAAAUGAAAAUGCUCAGUUUAUUACACAUGAAAGGACAAGUGAAUGUUAA